AUGGCACUGUCGUCUUUAAAUAAAAACAAGGAUGAGAGAGACCAGGAUCAAGAUGGACAUGCAGCUGCUGAAACCCCGGCCCCGGCCCCGGCCCCGCCGGGGUGCGAGCCCGCCGCGCUCGGCCGCUCCCAGACGCUGGUCUGCAUCAACCCGCCCCUCUUCGAUGUCUUUCAAACGCUGCUCAGCCCCACACAGCACCACGUGGCUCUCGUGGGCCCCAGGGGAAUGAUGGCCGUGGAGCUGCCCAAGCGCUGGGGGAAGAACUCCGAAUUCGAAGGGGGGAAAGCCACGGUCAGCUGCAGCACCAUUCCUAUUGCUGAAAGGUUCUUCACUAGCUCAGCAUCCCUCACUUUAAAAUAUGCUGCCUGGUAUCCCAGCGAGUCAUUGGAGCCUCAUGUUGUGCUGUUGACUUCAGAUAACACUAUAAGGAUUUAUAGUCUGAAAGUGCCUCAGACACCUGUGAAGGUGAUUGCUCUCUCAGAGUCUGAGGAGGAGACCUCGGUAGUCAAUAAAGGGAGAGCCUACAGAGCAUCACUGGGAGAGACUGCAGUGGCGUUCGACUUUGGGCCGAUUACAUCUGUUCCAAAGAAUGUGGUUGGGCCACGAGGGAAUGAGGAGGGGAAAGAGGAAGUGUUGGCAUAUCCCUUGUACAUAUUGUAUGAAAAUGGGGAGACCUUCCUUACAUACGUUAACCUACUGCAAAGCUCUGGAAACCUUGGUAAGCUGUUGGGUCCACUGCCCAUGCACCCGGCAGCUGAAGACAACUAUGGCUAUGAUGCAUGUGCUGUUCUCUGCCUGCCCUGUGUGCCCAACAUCUUGGUGAUCGCUACUGAAUCAGGGAUGCUCUAUCACUGUGUGGUGCUGGAGGGAGAAGAGGACGAUGAGCAGACAUCGGAAAAGUCUUGGGACCCAAGAUCUGACCUGAUCCCUUCUCUGUACGUGUUUGAAUGCGUUGAGCUGGAACUUGCACUGAAACUGGCGUCGGGGGAAGAGGAGGAGCCUGUGGAAUCAGAUUUCUCUUGCCCAAUUAAACUACACAGAGAUCCCAAAUGCCCCAGUAGGUACCACUGCACACAUGAAGCUGGGGUGCACAGCGUUGGGCUAACCUGGAUCAAUAAACUUCACAAAUUCCUUGGCUCCGAUGAAGAAGAUAAAGACAGUUUACUAGAACUUGGAGCAGAACAGAAGUGCUUUGUAGAACACAUUCUCUGCACAAAGCCAUUGCCGUGCAGGCAGCCUGCUCCAAUUAGAGGAUUCUGGAUAGUCUCUGACAUCUUGGGGCCUACAAUGAUCUGCAUCACCAGCACCUAUGAGUGCAUCACAAGGCCUCUUCUAAGCACAGUCCAUCCAGCAUCCCCUCCGCUGCUCUGUACCCGGGAGGACAAUGAACCAACAGUCUCGCCUCUCCGCAUCCUGGCAGAAUCGCAGCAUUCAUUUGAGGAGCACAUCCAAAGCAUCUUGCAGCGGAGCACUGCCAACCCAUUGCUUUUGAAAUCUGCUGAUAAAGAUGCAGCUCCUCCCCCAGAAGAAUGCCUGCAGCUCCUCAGCAGAGCCAUCCAGGUUUUCAGGGAAGAAUACAUACUGAAGCAGGAUCUGGCAAAGGAAGAGAUCCAGCAGAGAGUGAAGUUACUGUGGGCUCAGAAAAAGAAACAACUGGAAGAUCUUAAUUACUGUCGAGAGGAAAGGAAAAGUCUGCGGGAAAUGGCCGAACGCUUGGCUGACAAGUAUGAAGAAGCCAAAGAAAAACAAGAAGAUAUUAUGAGCAGGAUGAAGAAAGUGCUACGUAGUUUUCACACACAGCUUCCAGUUUUGUCAGACAGCGAGAAGGAGAUGAAGAAAGAAUUGCAGGCAAUACAUGAUCAACUGCAGCAGCUGGGAAGUGCUAUCAAACAGGUGAAAAUGAAAAAGGAUUACCAGCAAAGGAAGAUGGAAAAGGGGACCAGUCCACGACAACCUAGUAUCACCCUCAGUGCCUACCAGAGCAAAUGCAUCCAGUCUAUUCUGAAAGAAGAGGGAGAGCACAUAAGAGAAAUGGUGAAACAGAUCAAUGACAUCAGAAGCCAUGUGAAUUUCUAGUGGGCCAACGAGCACACAACCCACAGCAGAAGGCCUGAAGAGUUUUAGUUUUGAUUGGUCUUGGCUCCUGAUAUUCCUUGCUAUGUCAAUUUAUCAUUAUUUAACAAGUGCUGUAUACCAGGUUUUACUUAUUUUGUAAAGACUGAUAUUGAAUAAAAUGCUUUUGAUAAGAUUCUUUGCAGGCUAGAUUUCUGCUUCUGGAGGGAAGAAUAUCCUAUCAAGCCCAAGUGAAGUUGUGUAUGAGCUUAAUCUUCACAGGUAGCCUGUCAGUGUAAGCAGAGCAGUAUUUAGGCAGGGGAACUACACCUGCUUCAGCAAGGGAGCUCCAGAAGCACAUGCUAUAAGGCACCACAUUUCCCUCUUCCCAGAGAUUGGCAGGAAGCGGAGCAGAAAAACCAGCAGAGCGCACACACUGCAGCAGCUUUUUUUUUCUUUUAAUUUUGAACACUUUCUUCAUAAGGACACACCUUCAAAUACAGUUAACAAAAUGGUUACAUUGGAAUUCUGGAGACAGCAGAAUCCUACAUCCACAAUUGCACAGGACACCAACGGCUUGGGUUGCUGGAAUGCAGUAAUAGCUUCCAAACACUCAGUUUGCCAAGAUAUGGCUCAGGCUGACUUGAAAGCCAACUGUAUGGGACUGCAAGUGUGGGUGAUUUCUUCCCCCUCCCCUAAAACAAUGAUCUGGUCAAGCUAAGUUUUGAAAAGUAGUACUGCACUACUAGGACAAUGGCACAAUAUGAAGUGCCAAAAUAAAGCCUUAAGGAUAGGAAGGCUGCAAUUCACUGCUAGGUAACAAGGUUACCAGACAUGCUGCAAAGAACACUUUUGUACAGAUUAAGACUAUACAAGUAGAGGGAACACUUACAAAACUUGAUUUUUUUUUUUCCUCUCUUACAGUCUGCACAGACCAAAGUCCCAGUUUUCUAAACCAGUAAGUAUGUUUUUGCAUCGUAGGUGGCAAUAUGACAUGUUAAAGCUAAUAAAAGUUAGUAAGAGAUCGGAAACUGAUGGUACAUAUAAUAAUCACCCUCCCCACAUCAAGCCUAAAAGCUUCUCAAACUAGUUAGGGGCAGUUUCUCUCCUACACUCUCAAUUACAAAGUGAGCAGUACCCCCUUACAUGCCUGAGGUGGAUAUGUGCGUGUUAUAGGGACUGGAGUCCUUUGAAUUCAGUCUCCAGAAGGCAACUGACUUCCCUGUGCAACUUCGCUGCAGAACAAACUAGCUGCCCCUCUCAAAGCUGUGCCUUAUGUUCCUCAUUUCUUUGAUUAAGUCACCUUCAGAUAUAGGGGCUCAUUAGUUUGCCAACCCAGCCUUCUCCAAGGUUAAUGCCCAGAAAUGCAGUCAGUCACUUCUUUCCUUUUGCCAAGCCAGCACCCUGAGCUAAGUCAGGUCUCCAAGAACUCUUGUAAUGGUCAUGUUUUCAGAGCCACUUUAGCCAUGCUUCUCUCACAGUGAAAUAAACUGGAACGGGUAUUGCUAGCUGAACAGCCUGCUGGUGCAAAAGCUACAUUCUACUUUUAAGCAUUAAAUAAUGCUUUUAAAAGCUGAAUGUAGGAGAUUGGUCAAACUAGGGAAUGGGAAAGCCUUUUGAAAUAAAAAAGGUAAGAAUGGGGAAUACAUUAGUCAUAGCUAUCCCACGUGAUAAGUUAAAGCUGGAGGUUGCUGCAUUGAACUCUACACAGAAUCAAAGCAAGGAAGUACAUCCAUCAUUCACCACCCCUUUGUGCUACGUUCCCCUUUCAAUGCCCUCCCUCCAUGCUCACCUUAAAAUCAAAACCAUCAUGCAGCCUCUCAGGCCAUAACAUGUAAUACACCAACAUGCAUACUCAUGCACAUGUUCCUUCUGUCAUUUCAACAUCAGUUGCUACCAAAGCUUUGAAUGAUCACUAACAGAUCACCCACAUACCACUUCUAGGCUACAGGAAAACAUCUUGCAGCUGCAAUCUGACACCACACCAAUGCACAGCUACAUAAAAUAUACUGCAUGAAAGCCACAUCACUCCCUAUUGAUCAAAGCAGUAUAAACAAUACAUGGGCAUGAGAUAAGGCUGAAUGGUGGCUGUUCAAGAGUAAGUAUGGAGAGAGAAGAUACGGCUCAGAGAAGGAGGUAGGGGAGGUUGAGAAAGGAAAGUGGCAGUGGUUUGAAGUGUGUUCCAUGACUAAAAGCUGCUUUCCUUGCUUUAUCUGAAUAGCAGAAGGAAGUCUAGCAACCUUAACUCUUGGUUUCUUGCAUCAAGUUAUUAUUGAGUGUGUUUCUUCAAAAUAAAGUGUUCAAUUUGCUGCAGAGCUAUGUUGAAAGUAGUUCAGUCCAGGUCUUGUAAAGCAGCAGGCUUUCUUAGUGCUCCACUGCAGGAGUUAGGUACAAGAAGGAUGUUGGAGUUCAGGAGAAUGGGGAAAAAUCUCUUGCCUUUACUGCUAAUAAAGGCCCAGCAGUUCAAGUGCACAUGUACACAACAGUGCAUGUACAUUUUAGGAAGCUGUGGGUGCUAAUAAAUAUGAUUUGGUGUCAAAAAGUUAGCAGCGGGCAGCAGCUCCUGUCAGGCCACAAUCAGAAGGAAUUCUGGCUACUUGCUUGAGAUGUUAGAUUUCAUUUUUAAGCACACUGUCAAAACAUGACAAGCAACACUCUUACUACCUGUCAGACUGGCUUAUUCCUGAACAGGGCCAGAGGAUGUGGGAUGGUAGGGGAAAUAAGUUAAUAACAAGGGCAAAGCAUUAGCCACAUGUGCUUCAUCUGGGGUUCUUUAAAGCAGUCCCCUUUUCAAAACCAAUCAGUCCUAGUUUUAGUUUAGCAGAGUGGCUCUGGCUUUGGGUGGGAGUGUUUAAAGUGUGUGUGUGUGGGGGGGUGGUGUUUAAAGGCCAGACCAAAAUAGUAAUUGCAUGCACAGCAAUUGAAGGCAUUUUCUCUCUCUAGCUUUCCCUUUACCUUGUAAAUUUUACUGCUUUGAAGAUUAUAAAAGAGAAGCAACUGGUUAAAGCAGAAAGUAUUACCCCCACUAACCAUUACACUACAAAAGCAGAACUAGUGAUCAAUCCAUUUAACCCCCACCUUCCUUUAGGUAGGGAAUUCGGUUCUAAUCAGGGGCCACUUCAGAUAUUCAGUCUGCAACACUGCUUGUAAUCAACAGAGGAUUGUACCUAAACCACAGCCAGCUGACCUCAGUGCAUAGAAUUCCAGUAACUACAGGAAUGUUCAUGUUAAACACCAUACAUCUGGGUAAUAAGAAACCCAUACCAACACUUGGAGACUCACACACAUGGCCAUCCUUCUGCUGUCUGCUGUUGUGUUGCCUAGCGUUACUUGAAUGUAUAAUUACAGAAACAAGCAACAGUGUGGUUUAGGGGUACUUCCUUUGCUUUCAGCAAUACCAGGCUGCCACAUUUAUAACAGAUGCACUGGACUUUUGAAACCUGAAGCUACACACGCUGCAUUUGUAGUCUGAUACAGAAUGUAACUGGUGCUUCACGUACCAUUCACCUAACUUGCAGGGGUGGGGGAGGGAAAUCAGACUGACUUUAUUCUAAAGCAAAAUCUUCUGCCCUUUUCAAAUACAAAGUCAGGUAAAAGCUAGUAGUUCAUGCAUGGUGCUGUGCACUGCAGUGGAGAAGAGUUGUGUAAAGCCCAUGCACUGCACUGACAGUGCGCAGAAUUUUGCUACUAAUCUUACCACCUACAAGGGACUAGUAAAAUUGUUCAGGUUUAGAGUUAAAAAAGCAUCUGCUGACUUAACUCUGUACAAAGAGGUACCAAAUAGUGCAGUUCUUGUGUUUUUCUUGAACCCCAGAAUUUAAUGUGGCAUUCAAAGGAACUGAAUGUCUCAUCAUUCAUUACAGACAGGUCCAUUCAUUUUUUUGGAUUAGCUUUUUACCUGCUCAUGAGAUAUGCAGCUCACUCAUAGCCAUCACAUUUCAACAGUAUCCAGAUUCUUCAGCACAAGGGCAAUGGUAAAAAAAACAAAAACCAAAAAAAGCACUGAGUUUGGAAAGAAAAUCAAUAUCCAGUGUCCUGCUAAUAAAUUCAUAUUUUAAUAUAAAAUAUUCAUACAGCAUACUACACUUCAUUCUCUCUGCUAGCGGAAUACUGUUACUGACUAUUCAAACAGAAAAUUGUCAACCACUCUGCUCUUCAAGGAGUUUUGAGGGACAUUAUGGUUUCCAGCAGCUACUCUGAUCACAGUAUUUUGGGAGAGGGGAAUAGGUUCCAGAAAUCUAUAUUAGGUUAGAGAAGUUGGCCAAAAGGGAAAAGUUUUUCAGGAUGUGAGGACUGAUCCCACUUACAGUGGAACACAAACACUGCACCCAUUAGUGUUCCCAUUAGAGAGUUCUCUUCUAGCCUGCAAUCUCCCUGGUGCUCUCUUCCUG